CCAAGUACAGAUAACUCUGUUUGCCUUUACCAAAAACAUGGCGUCGACCCUGUUGAGCCUCCGCAACCUUCUGAAGGAGACCCCAGUAGCUCUGAAAGUGUGCUCUUAUUUGCACACUCAACAGACUCCUUUGCUAUUCAAAGCAUCUCAACAAUUAUGGGCUGAGCCAAUGAAAAAGAAAAAGAAGGUAGACCCAGGGGUCAUCGCUGCAAGAGAGGCCAAAAAGAUCAAGAGAAUUGAGAAAGAAAUCAAACGUCUGACCAGAUUUGGGAGAAUCUUGAAGCCUGUAGCGGAGAUUGAAGGCGUGAAGAAAAGCGUUUUUGAUACCAAAGAAAGACGUCGAGGUUCUGCUGUGCUCUCAUUCGAUGAGAGUGAACAUCGAGCUUUGCUGCACAAGUCAUGGGCCCGUCAGCAGACCCGUUACUGGCAUGAGGAAUAUCAGCUAUGUGCCCGCCUUCGUGCCGCUCAGGAAGAGGCCUUGGCAGAGUUGCGAGCGGAGUCGGAGGAGCUGUACCAGGCUGCCAUCAAGAUUGACUACAGCUUCGUCCCCACAUACUUCGAAGGGCCAAAAGUGACUCCUCCUCUAAAAGAGCAUGUUGCAACAGAUGGGGAAUAUGUAGACACAACCAGAAAAUAUUGAAUGAAUGGCAAGUGAGCAGUGUGCAAGGUUUUUGAUUGAUGGUGUUUGCUUUUGUGAAUGGGAAAAUAUAUUAGAUAUGAUGGUAUGAAAAUAAAUGCAAAUGAGCCUUGCGAUGUUUGUUGUUAGUGGAGAUUUGAAUGAAUCAGCAGCUUUGGAAACUACAUUGGUCGUCUCACUUCCUUAAAAAAAAUUAUAUGCACAAUAUUCAAAAUCAUGAAAAAAAACGAGAUAUGGGCCUACAGUAUGGUAAAAUUACUUUUGAAUUUGAAUUAAAACACUGUUAUUUUUUUUACAUAUUAUUGCAAAUAGUGGGUAGUUUUUACUUCUGUAUGUCACAUGUCUUCAUGAUGCUAAUUUUCCUCAUAUCUUCUUUAUACCUUGGUUCUUCUUUGAGAGAUAAUGUUGUUGUAAGAUUUUUACGGCACUUGCAACGCAAUAAGGUCAUAUGAGUGCCAAAGAUUAGAAGUGUUCAAGAAAGUAAUAAACACAGAAAAGGAGGAGAGAUAAGGACGAUGGAUGUUUGAUGAGAAAGAAGGAGCAAACCACACCAGAGCACCCGCUAACCACCAUACCAUGGUUCUUGCCCUUGAAAAGUUAAUAGGGAACAAUGGCAAGUCUAUGGUCUGUUUGAAACAUUACAUUCAUUAAAAAUGGGACUGAUUUACACACUACGAAAUAA